UGUCAAUACAGCAGGAGAGAGAAAGGAAAUAUAAGGAGCAGAGGCCCUGGACUGCAACCCAAAUGAGUGAUCUGAAUGUAAACAUAGCAGUACAGCUACAGAAGGAAAGUUGAAACACAUUGUAACACAAAACGGAAAAAACAAGGAAACCUCCCAGCUUGUCUCCUCUUCUCCAUCCACAGAGGAAUUAGGUGUCUUGGGUUUGCAAGGCAAGGAAGGCUGCAGACCAAAAGCUGGAAGUGGUUCUGAAACACCCAGCGCCAAGCAAGAGAAUAAAAUUUAAAUUUUGGAGCACAAGGAAGAACAUCCUACCAUGAAACCAUUCACAGAAGAAGAUGUGGAAUUUUACAUCCAGAAUAAGGUGGAACGGCGACACCACCUGGUGUCUAAGACAGUGGAUGAGGUGCAGAAGAUCAUCCAACAGCUGACCGCAGAAAUCAGCUACAGGGACACGCGAUUUCAGGCCAUCUCUAACUCUGGUGUGCACAACGAGAAUUUUAGGGAUCAGCCAGCUUUACUGGCCAAGUGGUCCGCUCUGCUUCGGGGGAAACGCCCAUUCCACCCAUCUGUCCAGGUCUUAGCACCCAGCCACUUCCUCAUCACAGUCCCACUGCGCGGCCUGACAGGGUACCGGGAGCACCAGGUACGGCACUGGCGGUAUUACACCGUGCAUGGGGCAAAGCUCCUUUCCCCAGUACGGGACCCAGAGGAGCUGCAGCAGUGGCUGGAGGUGGAGCAGUUCUCAAAGAGCCUGCAGCAGUGGCAUGAGACAGAGGUGAACAUCGAAGGUGAUCUCGUUCCAGCCAAGAUCCUUGCCAUCUUCAGGGAGUUGAUGGAGAAGUCAAUUACCUCCUGUAACCUCUCCAGUAAAGUCAGCAUUCUGGAGAGUUUCAGCUCGGUGGUUCGAGUUGCUGUGGAGACACCAGACUCCCAGGUAGAGGUGGAGCUGGUCCCUACUGUGGAAAUCCCAACCUGCUGGCCUGAGAAAGCCCGGUGGUCCCGCUGCUUCAAGCGCUGGCCUUCCCAGGAGAAAGUGCAGUGCAUCAAGUCAUUUGGCUUUAAUCUCCUGGCCCGCUCCAAUUACCACUGGCAGCUGGGCUUUUCCCGAGCUGAGCGCAUGCUGAUAGAGGGCCUUGACGAGGACGGUGGCUGCCGCAUGAAGUGCUUCCGAGUCAUGAGACAAAUGAAGGAGGAUGUCUGGUGUACAGGAAAUAAGCCAAUCCUGACAACCUAUCACCUACAGAUGGUGCUGUUCUGGACAUGUGAGAAGUACCCGCGCACCAAGGACUGGCGCUGCUUCCGGGAAGGCUUCCUGCGCAUGGUGAAGAAGCUGCACAAGUGCGUGAGCCAGCACUUCCUGAAGCAUUACUUUGUCAGGGGCACCAACCUGCUUAAGUAUGCCAACACCAGCGACCUGGACCUAGUGGCAGGCAAGCUUGCCAUCUUUCUGGAGAACCCCGUGCUCUGCCUGGACUGAGGCAGGGAGAACCUGGUGUCCCAAUCUUGUUUUAUGCCCUCGUCCCUCUUGUUGUCUGUAGUUGUUCUUCCUGCCCUUUCAGUAGAUGCUGUGACCUUGAACAUGAGACGUGUGGCACGUGCAGUAUGGAAGAGAAGAGUCAAACUGAGAGCAGUCUGAGGACAAAACUAUCUGUAGGGUUUGCUUGAUGCCCAGUCAUUGCAAUUUGCUUUCUACAGCUUGAGCUGCCUGUCUUGGAGCCAUUGCCAUCCAGAUCCCCAAAACCAGCCAGACCACUCAUAGGCCAAAAUGCAGAGUGGUCUAGUGGUAAGAGCAAGGGACUAGCAAUCAGGAGUCCUUACUCUGCCACUUACUCGCUGUGAGACUUUUGUGUUCAUCACUUGACUCCUCUAUGCUGCCUCCUUGCCCAUCUGUAAAAUGGAAUUAAUACCUAUCUACCUGACAGCAUUGUUGUGAGACUGAAUGAAUGUACAGUGCAUUGAGAUACGCAGAUGGAAACCUCGGUACAAUCACAAGGAGUUAUUGUUAGAGCCAGUCUCUCUCAUCUCCCUCCACAAUUAAAUGUGGGUCCUGCCUUCACUGUAAAGAGUUUAAUUGGUAAGUGUUGAAUAGUUCAGUUACUGUUUUUUGCCUUUCCCUCGUGGUCUUUCUCUCAAGUUUUUCUUGGGGCAGGCGCCCCGGGUUUGCCUUUGCCACCCGUGCUAGUGCCAUGCCGUCAGCCCCCUGGCGGUGUUUGCUGUGACAGAGCUCUCUAGCACAUCUGGCUCUGCCCAGCUGUCUGGGGGAUGAACCGAUCUCUCACCUUUUAGCACCUGUAUAUUUUUGGGUGCGGUUAGAGACAGA